GUUUUCUAUAGCGCCUCUUAAACUUUGCGGCAAAAGAAAGAAAAUUCAUAUCACCAUUACCGAUUGUUAUAUAAACAUUUAUUAACAUUAAUUUAAAAUAAAAUUAUAUACGAUUUUAUAGUCACAAGAAAGAUUAAUCACGAUAAUAAGUAUUUUAUUAUUAUUAUUAUUAUUAUUAUUAUUAUUAUUAUUAUUAUUAUCACAUAAAUUCUAUUUUCUAUAAAAUAUCUAUAAAAAAAAAUAAAAAAGUAAUAAAUAUAGAGUAAACGCUUAUAUUGUCCCGAGUAUAUCUCAGCGUGGACGUAUAGUUUUAUAAUGUUUAAAUAAUUGUUAAUUUAAAUAUUAAUUACAAUAUUAAUUAUAUUCUUCUAUAUAUAGACUUCACGUUAAAGUAAAUAUAUAUAUAUAAUUGAAAAGAUUAUACAAGCUUAUUUAAGUAACGAUUGAAUUUACAUUUUUUCUUCAUAUGGAUUUUAUAACAGAAUUUCAUAUAGAUUUGCAAAAUCAAUAAGAGAAUCAAUAAAAACAAAAAUAAAAUUGAUAUAAGUUAAAAAGGUAUAAAAACAAAUGUUUGUAUUACGAACUAACGAUACGAGAUAGAAAGACAAGAAAUAAUAAUAUUUUUUUUCAAAAAUUUCUCCCUAUCUACUCGUUUAAACAUUCAUCUUUAAAAUGAAACCUUGUUCGUCACAAUCGAUUAAUAAUUACGCCUAUAAUCGUUGUUAGCAUAAACCAUUAUAAAAUCAAGUUUGAUGAACAGUUUUAAAUCAAUUUACUACUAGUAUUAUAAUCUUGAAUUUGACUAACGUAUUCAAUAUUCUGAAAAAUUAAUUCGUGAUUGUUGACUAUACUUUUUAUAUCAUUUUUAUCAGUGACUAUGGAUCCUGCUAUCUUUCCUGAAGAAAUUUGGAUAAAAAUUUUGUUACAUUGCGAUGUACCUGAUAUUAUUGCAUUUGGUAGCACCUGUAAAUAUUUAAGAAAAACAUCGAGUAGCGAAUACUUAUGGAAAAUAAAGUGGCUACAGUUAUUAUCGCAAGUACAAUUUAAAUUUCCCGACAUAAAGCAAUUACAAUCAUUUUCUGUCAAUUUUAAGGAGAUGUGUUAUAGACUGCAUAUGAUAAUUACAUUAGGUGAAAAUGUACGGUUUCCAAAGUGUUGGAAUUGCAAUGGCUAUACAUGUCAAAGGAAUUGCGUGGAAGAGUUAAAUGCUAAAGUUAUAAUCGAAAUAGGAAAUAAAUAUACAUGGGCAAUUACACCAUCCGAUUGUUUAAAGAGGCAUUUUUCUAUGUUUGCUGUCCCAAAACAUUUUAAUAAGGAACAUGAGGAGGAGGUAUUAAUACCAAAUAUACCAAGUUGUAGUACAUGUCCAAUAAGUAAAGGAAAAUCAUUAGCAAGGAAAUUAAAAUUAUUAGGAUUUCAUGAUACUGAAUUACCUACAACAAGACUGUUUUGUCUAUUUUGUAAUCCAUUUCAAUUAUUUAAAGAAAAGAAAAAAUUAAUUAAACUUCAUAGUUACCUUUCCUUUACAAAAACUAAUUCUAUUUAUCAGAAACUUAUAAAUGGUUAUUGUACAGAUACCGUAAAAAUUCUUGGUAUACCAAAUAUUGAAGUUUUUAGUCCAGCUGAAGCUUUAUUAAAUAGUGGAACAUUUUUAAUUCUUAAAAUUUUUCUUGAUCAUUUGUUUCAUCAAAUGGAUUUAAAUGUAACAUUAAAAAAGCCAAAUGCAGUACUCAUGUUUUGCGAGCCAUUGGCUAUACAUCCUGUGUUAAGGAAGCAAUUACUACACUAUUUAUUUCAAGAAAUUAAAGUAGCAAGAGUAUGUUUAGUUCCAAAACCUUUAACAGCAUGUGCUAUACUGGAUGUAGAAACAUGUAUUGUAGUUGAUAGCGGUGCGUUAAGCACAACAGUUGCUGUAGUAAUUGGCGGAAGAGUCAUGCCUCAACGUUGGAAAUUGUUACCAGUAGGUGGUUGGCAUGUUGCUUAUCACUUGAAACAAGCUAUGCAUUGGAAACGAAAAGAAUAUCAUCAAAUUCCAAUAUCUUAUCUUGAUACUCUAGCUGUAAAAGAGAGAUGUAGACUGAGUUAUAAUAUUAAAAAUGAGGAAAGGGAAGGAGUACAAAAAAUAAAAGAACAUAUUAAUCUUAGAAUUGAUAGCUGUAAUGAAUUCAAACAAUUUUGGCAUUUCACGUUUGAAGAACAAAAUGAGCCUAUGUAUCAGAGAGUGUCAUUAGGUUCAGAAUUAUAUAUCGCACCUGAAAUGAUGUAUAUUAGUCUUGGAUUACCAGAAGUAAUAAAAGAAGUUACAUCUGGUUUGCCAGAAGAUAUAAUGCAUGAUUGCCUUUCACAUAUUCUGCUUACUGGGGGUAAUACAGAUUUAUCUGGUUUCAAAUCGAGACUAACUAAAGAUUUGCGAGAACUGUUACCCGAAUACAGUGAAAUUUUGGAAAUAAGAAGUUGUCCUGGUACACAUGGUUGGAAUGUUGCAAUGGGGUCUACACAUGUAUCUUUAGCUACACACCCUGAUAAAACACCACCCGAAUAUGUAGAAGGUAAUCCUUUUUGGUUAUCGCGAGAAGAAUACAUAUUAUUUGGAUGUGAUUCAUUAGAAAAAUAAGAAUAAUAUAAGUAAUAUAUUUGCAAUUUUUUUACUUAUCAUAUCAAAAAAAGUUUCUUGCAUUUUUAAUGCAUAUAUCUAUCGGAAAGUAAAGCAAAAAAAUCAGAAGUUAUCAUCAUCGAGUAUAUUUUAUCGCAUAUUGUUUAUCAAAUAAAUAAUAAUAUGUAUAAUAACAAGUAGCUAAUGUAAAAUUAUCAUUAUUAUUGUUAACAAAAUUUGAAUAUUUACGUUUUGAUGUGUACAAUGUUUAAUGAAUAUUUAUUGUAAUACUUUUAUAUACAUUUUGCAAAUUUUUUUACUUUCAUUAAAUUCGUAUUAUAUAAAUACAAAACUAUAUCUUAUAGAAUAUUGCAGUUGAAGUCUACAUUAAAUCUUUGAUUAUGACAAUAUCUUUUCUAUUAUUUUAGAUAAAAGUUUGUAUGUUAUGUUUGUUAUAUUUUAUAACUUGAAUAUCAAUAGCAACAAGUGAAGUACUUAUAUAAAAAAUCGAUAAUGUAUCUUUAUAAUUUAUUAUUUUUUAUUGAUAUUUAUUUAAAUUGUCAGUAUUAAUUGAUUUUUGUAUUUUUUUUUUUAUUAUUGUUUGAAAAAAUAAAUUACACACAAAAAUGAUCUGUUCUAUGUAAUUAAUAAUCAUACAAUUAUUUUACUGGAAUUUCGUUUAUUAUUUAUAAGCAUUACACUUUUGAAUUAUUAUCCCGAAUAUUGUUUAUACAAUUACGACAUCAAAGCUAAAUAAAUAGGUAAAUAUUCUAAUAUUUAU